AUGCUGGCCGCCGGGACUCGCCAUGAACACCAUAGCGGCUAUUUAGGACUCGGCGAACCUGGACUUGCGAACAGCGCUACACAGAGUCUACACUUUGAUCCGACGAACCAUUUCGAAAUCAAGAACUAUCAUAUGGUUCGGAUCAUGGAUGAGGACCUGGCUCGGCAUGCUGCGACCUACAUUCAGGAACAAGAUGAUGAACUUCUCGAUGGGGAACUUCGUCGCGCCAUUGGACCAAGACGUAUGGUCCACGUUUCGCAUUCAAACCAGCGCAAGCCUGACCGCGACCGUAUCAACCUUGCUUUCGAUAGCGAGCCUAACAUGGUAUUGAUUGGCUGCCUCCUUCAUGCAAAGGGUGUCGAUAUCAAGAGUCUCAACGAUGUGGUCUUCGUAGAAUGUCCACUUACACCAGACCUAUUCGAGCAAGCGGCAAAUCGUGCUGAGCGUAGAGGCAAUACCGGUCGAGUACAUCUAUUGUUUGCACUCGACCACAUGCUAUGGGUGGAGGCAACAAGACAGAACAACAGAAGCAGAAUUGGAGCAGCAGUACACAGGUUGUCACGACAUCAUGGCCUCAAAUCCAUGGAAACGAAAGCUGGUGUCUCAGGAGCCUUCCGUCACCAAAAAUGCCACUGUCUACGUCGCUUGACGGCAAUGUCGGGGAGCAACGUGCUGAUCAUCACUACCCGUUGUCUCGAUUUUAGCUUUACGAAGAUCAAGACCGGCUCUCCCGAUACUCCUAGCUUGCAGACACUCCCGGCGAGCCCCACGCUCACUCUAUUCGGCCCCUCAUCCGAAGCCGACCCUCUACCUGCAACGACCUCUUCCCUCGAGACAGAUACUACCGUGCCAAAGAGAGAAUGCCGACCGCGUUAGGCGACCGAUUCCUUUGCGACAUUUCCCAUGGAGGUGAUUUCUACUGGAGUACAGCUCAAGGACACUUUCGCAACGGUGAGUUGCUCGUUGGGUGCUCUUGGGAUGCGAUUCGCGGGCUACUACGGUCGCAGGUGCCCAAAUAUUGUGUCAAAGUUGCCAAUCUCUUUCUUUAGGUGUGUUACAAAGUGUGAUGGGCAAUCUCAAGAAUGUAAGCAUCGACGAACAAACCAAGAGGAGACAAUUGUGGUCAACGUGGACGCUAUUCCGGCCACCCACACGCGCUGAUCCUCGGAAGUGAAGUCAUGGAAGAAGGGAAGACACCUUGAUCGCCGUUGGCCACCGUUGGCCACGG